GUGUCCUGGGCCCCCUCCCCCAGUCCUGGCCCCCAGCCCAGCCCCCGCCCCAGCUCUGCCUCUGGCUGCUGCCCACUGAUUGUUUACAUCCCCGUCUUCCCCUGUGUUUAUAAAUCCGGCUGAGCACGUGAGGAGCUAAUGAGAGCAGCUCGCGUUUCCUGCUGCAGCCCCCCCACCCCCCAUCCUGGCCCCCCGCCCCGGCCAGCCCCUAAUUCCAUCCAGAUCCCUGGGCCCUGGGAACCCCGGCCCCCCCUCAUGAACACACACACACAUACUCAGCCCACGCAAGCGCAUGGCUACCCUGACACGGCUACACAGUCAGACAUACCCGUGUACACGUGUCUUGAGGCAGCUACCCUGUUCAGCCUGUCUCCCCCAGUCUGACCUCAUUCAUUGAAGGUAGGGGGCUCAGCAAUGCAGAUGCGCCAGGGUAGUCAGGCUGGGUAGGACAGGUCAGCCGGGAGACUGCACCUGGGAUUGGUGGCCAAAAGCCAUCAGCCUAACAGGUAGGAGCCAGGAGGCACCGCAGAGCUCCAGAGGUGUUGGGCUGAAUGUGGGAGCCAGAGGAGAGGCCCUACCCUCAGGCCAGACUAGGGCUGGCAUCCUGGUGACCUUGGAGGGGUCUGUUGAGGAGCACUGAGGGAAUGAGCGGUUUAGGGGGUGGUGGGUCCACUGUGGUGUGAGAUCCAGAAAGGCCCUGGGUGGGGGGGGGGGGGGGGUGGCGCCUCCUAGCCGCCCAUCUCAGGGAAAGGCCCAAAGAAACAGCCCAUCUUUCCUUGUCCUCUGGGCUGGCUGCCCUCCCCUCUGGUUCCUUCUCGCCUCUCCUUGGUUAUCCCCCAGGCAACUGAGAAGUGGCUUCGUGAGUGGGUACACAUGGGCCCAGAAGUCAGGAGGCCUCACGUUGUCACCAAGCCAUCAGGUGACUGGGCUUGUGUGAAGGGUUGUACUGUGCACGCUCAGUUCCACAUCACGUGGCGCCCCAUCUCUGCUGAGCUCUUCAGCAGCCCCCUCCCUGCCCUUCUCUUCCAGCCUAAAUGACAGAAGAAGAAACUGAGGCCCAGGGAAAGAAGCAGAUGGGCGGGCCAGGCUCCCAGCCUCGUGGAGUCCAUUCCGACCCAGGAGUUGGGCUUUUGUUGGAGCGAGAGGGUCCGGAAUGUGCUGCAAGAGGACCCUGGGUGGGGCCGGGGAGCUGGGCAGCCGGCAGAAGGCGGGCACAGGGUAAAAUGAAGGACUAGUCCAGCAAUUGUGUGGGUGUGCUUGAAAGGGUGUUGUUAUCCACAGGGUAUGGGAGGGGCUCCGAGGGAGUGUGCAGGAGCCAGGGUGUGAAUAGGCAGGUGGGAUUGUGGGGAGGAAUGUGAAGUGUCACUAAUAGAGUAGCUGGUGCGGAGGGGUGGUGUGCAGAAGUGUGAAUGGCCUGCGCUGGGCUCUGCGAGGUAGGGAGGGAGCCAUUACACUGGGAGGAGAGACUUCUGGGGCUGCUGGUGACAGUUGCUGCCCCCUCUGCCUGAUGCCCGUUUCCUCCCCUGCUUGAGUGCCUGGCUCCAGGGCAGGGAGGGUGUCUGAGCCAGUGCGGGGAAUGGGUCUGAUCUGUCUCUGGGAUGUAUCCGUGUCCUACAGGAGGGGCAGUUGUGUGCUCCUGGAGCCGGGGAGGGGGUCCGUGGGGAUAGGGAAAGCACAGAGGUGUCAGCCUAUAUGGGUCAGGGUCAGAGAGCACCCGACGGAGGAGUGUGUCCAGUGCCCCCACCCACAGCCUCUCUCGGAGGCUCGGACGGCUCCUGCCAAGCCGGACCUCAGCCUCCCCUCCCCUCCUGGCAGCCCCCUCCUACCCCAGCGGGGAGGGCCAGGCCGGGCGCAGGAGGAAACAGGGACGCGUCCUCUGGGAUUGGGAGUCUGGGGAGGGCUUCUGGAGCGCAGUGUGGAGUUGCUGGGAAGGAAGGUGGGGAGAGCAGGGAUGAGGGGACUCUGGCGAGGCCCGGGGGACUUGGGGUUUUCCUCGAGGGGCUCGGCCCGCGAACCCGGCGUCGGCGGCCCUCCCCCUUCGGCGGUGACCUCUCGCUCCCGGCCCCCUCCCCGUGGCGGCGGCGCCUUCCCCCUGUGUGGCCCCGGCGCCCCCGGCCCCGCCCCCGGCCCGCUCCCGCCCGGUCGCUCCCUUCCCAGCGGCGGGGGCGGGGGCGGGGUCCGAGACGCCGGGCUCCGGGCUCCGCCGGGCCGCUGCCCUUUCCCGCGCGUCAACUCCCUGCUCUGCCCGCCCGCGGGCCGCCGGGGCCGAGCGGCCGCUGCCUCCGCUCCCCGGCCGGUGACAGACUUUCGCGCCCGGUCCGGCUGGGCUGCGCCCGCCCCCCGCACUAAUCACUCCCAGGCCACGGCGGGCCGGCCCGGGGGACUCGCUGCCGCCGCCCGGCCCCUACCUGCCGCCGGCUCCCCCGCCGCGGGCAGCAUGGUGGGCUCCGGGCCGCGCGGCGCGCAGCUAGGAAGCCGCGACUCCCGCGGCCCGGCCCGGACCAGCCAGGCUCGGCUCUGCCCUCCGCCCUCCUCUCUCCUCUCGCCCGCCCUCCUUCCCGCCCUCCCCUCCCGGCGGGCCGGGGAGGGAAAGCGGCGCGGCCCGAGGUGUCGGCCUCCCCUCGCCUCCCGCCGGCCCGGCCUCGGGCUCCCCCGUGCCUCCCUCCCUCCCUCCCUCUUCCUCUCCCGGUCCCCUCCUCCCCGCGCGCCGCGUCUCCCUCCCGCAGCCCCGCUCCGCCUCGGACUCGCUCUCCCCGACUUUUGCGCGGGGCUCUGUCCUCCGGGAUCCCGGGACCCCGCCUUGCCGGGCUCCAGGUGGCCGCCUCCCGGGUCUGCAGGUCGCCCGGGCUUCCCGCCGCGCUCCCGGCCCCGCCGAGCGGACUCCAGGAAUGCCGCGUCCCCGCCCGGCCCCUCUCGAGGGCGCCCGGCCGUGCCUCCCCCGGCCCGAACCCCGCUGGCGGGGGCAGCGCCCGGCUCCCCGGCCCGGCCCCGGCUCGGGACUCCCCGAGGGAAGGACGGGAACCGGAUCUCGCGGCUCCCGGGCGGGGGCGGGUGCCGGGGCCUCGGACGCCUGGCUCCUACCUGCUCGGAGUGGGAGGGCGAGCCGCGGCUCCGGCGAAGCUUUAAUAAUCCCAUCCGCCAGGCCCACUCGCAGGUUUUUUUCGCUCGGUUUCGGAUUUUUUUUUUUUUUUUUUUUUCGGUGUGGGACAUUCUGCAAACUUUUUUUUUCUGACGUGUAAAGCUGUAACCACAAAUUGUAGCGGCCCUCCCCGGGGUGGGGGGAGGAGGGGGGAGGAGGGAAGGGAGGGCUUCUGGGGCUCCUCUCCCUCCCACAACACCGAGGGGGGGUGAGGUGAGGCGAGGCUGCGGCGGUACCACCCUGGGCCUCUUGGGGGAGGGGGCGGGAGGGCAUCAGUCCGUCUACAAACUCCCAAGAGCCAGGGGAGUGAGCCGGCCGCUCCUUUUCUUCUCCCUCGGUGUCGGCCUGGGACUUAUGCCCCCUGCCCGGCGGGGUCCCAGCUCUCACCCUACCUCUGCCUCCACAUCUCUAACCUUCCCUCCCCCUCCCCCUCCCCCUGAGUAAAUGCAAUGACACAUCCUCCCAAAUGCCAGCGAGCUGGCUUCGAAGCAAGUGAUGGUGUUUUUCCUGCUGCCCUUUGUCUGGGCUGACCGCCCCCCUUGCCUAUUGUCCCGCUGCCUGUCCCAUUUCCAAAAGCCGAGGCUAAGCGCGGCGCGGGGGCUGGGGCAGGUGACUAACCGGCUCACAAUGCCCCCUGGGGGGCAGGAAGAGG